UCAUGGCACCCGGGGCGGGGUCCGAGCCGUGGCCGCGGGAGCCGCUGCGCCUGGUGUGGUCGCUGCUGGCCGCCGCCUUCCUGCUGAGCCUGCUGCUGCAGCUCGUGCCGGCCGGCCUGCUGCCCGGCUGCGCGCUCUUCCAGGACCUCAUCCGCUAUGGGAAAACCAAGGGCGCGGGAGCCGCGCGCCCGGCCGCCUGCCUGGCCUUUGAUGUCCCCAAGAGGUAUUUUUCUCACUUCUACAUCAUCUCGGUGCUGUGGAACGGCUUCCUGCUCUGGUGCCUUACUCAAUCUCUGUUCCUGGGAGCACCUUUUCCACACUGGCUUCACGGUUUGCUCAGAAUUCUUGGGGCCACCCAAUUCCAAGGUGGCGAGCUGGCGCUGUCCACCUUCCUCGUGCUGGCGUUUCUGUGGCUGCACAGCUUGCGAAGACUCUUUGAGUGCUUCUACGUCAGCGUCUUCUCCAACGCCGUGAUUCACCUUGUGCAUUACUGCUUUGGAGCCUCCUACUAUGUCCUCGUCGGCCUGACGGUGCUGAGCCAAGUGCCCCUGGACGGCAGGAAUGCCUACGUGAGAGGGAAAAGCCUCCUGACGCAGACGCGCUGGUUCCACAUCCUCGGAAUGAUGAUGUUUGUCUGGUCGUCCGUCCAUCAGUACCGGUGCCACGUCAUCCUCGGCAACCUCAGGAAAAACAAAGCAGGCGUGGUCAUUCACUGCAACCACCGCAUCCCAUUUGGAGACUGGUUCGAGUACGUCUCUUCCCCCAACUACCUGGCAGAGCUGAUGAUCUACAUCUCCAUGGCCGUCACCUUUGGCUUCCAGAACUUAACUUGGUGGCUCGUGGUGACAUACGUCUUCUGCAGCCAGGCCCUAUCUGCUCUCCUCAGCCACCAUUUCUACAGAAGCAAAUUUGUCUCCUACCCAAAGCAUAGGAAAGCUUUCCUGCCGUUUCUGUUUUAAGAGAACCUCGGAGGCAGGAAGCAUGUCAGCCAGGAGACUAAGAAUUCUACAGACCACAGCCCAGGGCCUGCGGAACAGUUUGGAAUUCUGUUCCGUGUUCAUGUUCCUAAGCCUUCAUUGAGGGAAUGAGUCAAACAACAGCCCUCAAGAGAAUGAAUGUUCAAGGCGUCUUCAAAGAAGAGAACCUUGUGGCAGACCCAGAAUAUCUGUGUCUGCUUUCAGUGAUGCUGUACAAAACCUGCCAACCAGAACAUUGAGGAGACUUCUCCAAGCCACGUUAAGAAUAAGGUACUGAGAAUAUACGGACAGCUUGGAAGAGCAUACCUCUGUGCCGAAGAAGAGGGUUGCUCACCUGGGACUUUGUGUCUGUUAGGGACAGGUUAGCCGAGCACACCACGAGUGACAGAGCUGGUGCUCAGUAUCCAUUGAUGGCAUCUCAGUAACAGCAGAAGAGCCAUUGGAAGUAACAAUACUGUAUGGAUUGGAGGGAAUUGAGUUUGUUGGUGUUAGCUUAGCCUGUCACAUAUUUUCACAAAGAUUUCCAGAACUAUUAACCAUCGAUAUUAAUUUGCACUCAUUAUGCUCCAAACCAUAGUCCCCAGAGGACUUUGGG